AUGCCAUUCCAAAUAAGAAGAAACAAGAUUUUUGGAACGAUAUCGCCAGUAUUAAAGCUUAAUAAACAAGAGAAUACCAACUUUUUCCUAAGUAAAGACUGUCAUAAUAAAUGGCCAAAAGAUAUAGAGAAGGAACUGGAACUAAGAAGAGUUUGGUGGUGGAAAAAAUAUACAAAGAGUUCUCAACAAAGUUCUGAACUUCCAUUCGAGCAGGUAUAUAAUGAAAAUGUUGGAUCAAGUAGUGUAAAUUCUUUUGAGGUAACAUCCUCUUCAAUCUUACCUAAACGGCCCAAAGGGAAAUCAAGUUCUGAACAACAACCAUUGGAAAAGGCUGUCAAGGAUUCCUCCAAAUUAUCAUCACUUACAACAUCAAAUCUAUUAACUGUCGAAAUACCUAACACCUUUAGACCCGUAAUCCAACAAUUCCUUCUUUUUCGCAAAAUGCUAAUGUAA